GAAAAGAGGAGGAAGUAGGAGGCAGCCAAAGCUCUUAGAAUGGCAAGAGCCAAGCUGAAGAAUUCCCCAUCCGAGAUCAAUUCACAUGUAAAAACUGUCCCACCAGCAACGACAGAGGAUGUCCAUGGGGUCAGCCCCUUGUUACCAGCUCGGAGGAUGGGAUCCUUGGGGAGUGAUGUCGGACAAAGGCCACAUGCAGAAGAUUUCAGUAUGGAUUCCUCACUUUCACAGGUACAGGUUGAGUUCUACGUAAAUGAAAACACCUUUAAAGAACGUCUUAAGCUGUUCUUCAUCAAAAACCAAAGAUCAAGCCUAAGGAUACGGCUCUUCAACUUCUCCCUGAAGCUUCUCACCUGUCUUCUCUAUAUUGUACGUGUUCUGCUUGACAAUCCAGCAGAGGGAAUAGGAUGCUGGGAAUGCGAAAAGCAGAAUUACUCAACCUUCAACCAGUCGUCUACAGAAAUAAACUGGGCUCCAAUCUUAUGGGUGGAUAGAAAAAUGCCGUUAUGGGCAAUACAGGUUAGCGUAGCUUUAAUCAGCUUCCUAGAGACCAUGCUUCUCAUCUAUCUCAGCUACAAGGGAAACAUCUGGGAGCAGAUUUUUCGCAUUUCAUUCAUCCUUGAAAUGAUCAACACGGUGCCCUUUAUAAUCACAAUAUUCUGGUCCCCUUUACGGAAUUUGUUUAUUCCAGUUUUUCUGAACUGCUGGCUGGCCAAGUACGCCCUGGAAAACAUGAUAAACGACCUGCACCGAGCGAUACAGAGGACGCAAUCCGCCAUGUUCAAUCAGGUGCUGAUUCUGAUUUGUACCCUGCUGUGUCUUGUUUUCACAGGAACCUGUGGCAUCCAGCAUUUAGAAAGAGCAGGCGACAACCUCUCCCUCUUCAAGUCCUUCUACUUCUGUAUCGUCACCUUCUCCACCGUGGGCUAUGGAGAUGUGACCCCAAAGAUCUGGCCCUCGCAGCUCCUGGUGGUUAUAAUGAUUUGCGUUGCCCUUGUUGUGCUGCCCCUCCAGUUCGAGGAGCUUGUGUACCUCUGGAUGGAACGUCAGAAAUCAGGAGGGAAUUACAGCCGCCACCGAGCACAGACGGAGAAACACGUUGUCCUUUGUGUCAGUUCCCUCAAGAUUGACCUCCUGAUGGACUUUCUGAACGAGUUCUAUGCCCAUCCCCGGCUGCAGGAUUACUACGUAGUGAUACUUUGCCCAACAGAAAUGGAUAUACAAGUUCGGCGGGUCCUUCAGAUUCCUCUGUGGUCUCAGCGAGUGAUAUAUCUUCAGGGAUCUGCACUGAAAGAUCAGGAUCUCAUGAGAGCAAAGAUGGAUAACGGAGAGGCCUGUUUCAUUCUCAGCAGUCGAAACGAGGCGGACCGCACGGCCGCGGACCAUCAGACCAUCCUGAGAGCCUGGGCUGUGAAGGAUUUUGCUCCCAACUGCCCCCUCUAUGUUCAGAUUCUAAAGCCUGAAAACAAGUUUCAUGUCAAGUUUGCUGAUCAUGUGGUCUGCGAAGAAGAAUGCAAAUACGCCAUGCUGGCUUUGAACUGCGUCUGCCCAGCAACCUCCACGCUCAUCACCCUGCUGGUUCACACAUCCAGGGGCCAAGAAGGCCAGGAGUCCCCGGAGCAGUGGCAAAGGAUGUACGGACGCUGCUCAGGCAACGAAGUGUACCACAUCCGCAUGGGGGACAGCAAGUUCUUCAUGGAAUACGAAGGGAAAAGCUUCACCUAUGCUGCCUUCCACGCACACAAAAAGUACGGCGUCUGCUUGAUCGGCAUCAGGAGGGAAGAGAACAAGAGCAUCCUGCUGAACCCUGGGCCGCGGCACAUCAUGACGGCGUCUGACACCUGCUUCUACAUUAACAUCACCAAGGAGGAGAACUCUGCCUUCAUAUUCAAGCAGGAGGAGAAGCAAAAGAAGAAAGGCUUUGCAGGGAGAGGGAUCUAUGACGGCCCAUCCAGGCUGCCUGUUCACAGCAUAAUUGCAAGUAUGGGUACAGUAGCCAUGGACCUGCAGAACACAGAAUGUCGCCCUGUUAACAGCAGCAAGCUAACCCUGCCAUCAGAAAAUGGCUCGGGUAACAGACGGCCCAGCAUUGCCCCGGUCCUAGAGCUAGCAGACAGCUCCUCCCUCCUGCCCUGUGAUCUGCUCAGCGACCAGUCAGAAGACGAGAUGACGCAGUCAGAUGACGAAGGACUUACUGUUGUAGAAUAUGUGAAAGGCUACCCCCCGAACUCGCCCUAUAUUGGGAGUUCUCCCACUUUGUGCCACCUUCUACCUGUAAAAGCCCCUUUCUGCUGCUUGAGGUUGGACAAGGGCUGCAAGCACAACAGUUAUGAAGAUGCCAAGGCCUAUGGGUUUAAGAACAAAUUAAUUAUAGUUUCAGCAGAGACUGCUGGGAACGGCCUGUAUAAUUUCAUCGUCCCUCUCCGUGCAUACUAUAGGUCCCGGAAAGAGUUAAACCCAAUUGUAUUGCUACUGGACAACAAGCCUGAGAACCACUUCUUGGAAGCCAUCUGUUGUUUCCCCAUGGUUUACUACAUGGAAGGCACGAUCGAUAACCUCGACAGUUUGCUGCAGUGUGGGAUCAUUUAUGCUGACAACUUGGUGGUUGUGGAUAAGGAAAGCACAAUGAGCGCAGAAGAGGAUUACAUGGCAGACGCAAAAACAAUUGUCAACGUCCAGACCAUGUUCCGGCUGUUUCCAAGCCUUAGCAUCAUCACCGAGCUGACCCACCCGUCCAAUAUGAGGUUCAUGCAGUUCAGAGCAAAGGACAGUUAUUCCUUGGCCCUCUCCAAACUUGAAAAGAAAGAGCGAGAGAAUGGCUCCAACCUUGCGUUCAUGUUCCGGCUCCCGUUUGCUGCCGGCAGAGUGUUCAGCAUUAGCAUGUUGGAUACAUUACUCUAUCAGUCGUUUGUGAAGGACUACAUGAUCACCAUUACGAGACUGCUGCUGGGCCUUGACACCACCCCGGGUUCUGGCUACCUCUGUGCUAUGAAAAUCACUGAGGAUGACCUGUGGAUCCGGACGUAUGGCCGUCUCUUCCAGAAGCUUUGCUCUUCCAGUGCAGAAAUUCCCAUUGGGAUCUACAGAACUGAAUCGCACAUGUUCUCAACCUCUGAGCCUCAUGACAUCAGAACUCAGUCGCAGAUCUCAAUCAAUGUCGAGGAUUGCGAGGAUACAAAAGAUGUCAAGGAGCACUGGAACAUCAAGACAAGCCAUCACAGGAACUCCUGCUCGAGCGACCAGUCUGAACACCCCUUGCUACGGCGCAAAAGCAUGCAGUGGGCACGCAGGCUCAGUCGGAAAGGAAACAAGCACACAAGCAAAACAGCGGAGUGGAUCAGCCAGCAGAGGUUGAGUCUGUACAGGAGGUCGGAGCGGCAAGAGCUUUCAGAGCUUGUCAAAAACCGAAUGAAACACCUGGGUUUACCUACAACUGGGUAUGAGGAUGUAGCAAAUUUAACAGCCAGUGAUGUGAUGAAUCGGGUAAACCUUGGAUAUUUGCAAGAUGAAAUGAAUGACCAUCAGAACACAUUAUCCUAUGUCCUGAUUAACCCGCCGCCGGACACCCGACUGGAACUCAACGAUAUAGUGUACUUAAUACGAUCCGACCCUCUCGCUCAUGUAGCCAAUGACUCCCACAGUCGAAAGAGCAGCUGCAGUAACAAGCUGGACCCGUGCAAUCCUGAAACCAGAGAUGAGACGCAGCUCUAAACAGCCUUGCCACGGCCCAGGUCUUCGUCUCAUAUUGCUACUGCAUGGAACUGGAAGAGAAUUUACUAUACACUGGACCCAAGGGGAUGGAUUCUUUGGGGACAAAAAUGGAUUCCAGGUGGAACACUUAAAAGAAAAAAAUCCAGGGAACACUAAUUGUCAGUGGGUUCCAAUGCCCUGGCAGAUUCCUCUGCAUUGCACUAAGAAAAUGUAAUUCCCAACCUGGAGUCAAGCGGCUUAGAAAUGCCUUGAAAGGAAGCUCUUCAAACCUCGGCGUUAAAGGACAGUUGGCCAAAUAAAAGGCUCGAGGAUUCAUACAGUUAUUUGUUUUUAACUUUUUUUUUUUAAUAUAUACCGCAACUAGUGAAACAGUCUUCAUUGGUACUGGCAGACGUGGCCAAAGCGAACAGAGACUACAACUGAAACCUGAUUGACUAGAAGGCUCGGGCUGAAAAACACCCCCAAACACUGCCGGUCACGUUGUACCCAGUGGAACGUGGAAGUGUCAGGGCGAGAGAGAAAAUUAUCAUGUAGCCUUUUUAUUUAUGUUUUCAGUGGUAUCCUUCUCACUGCAGGCUACCCAAUCGUCCUAAUGUUCUUCAGCAUUUGUUGCCUUGUUUUCCAUUAUGGGGAAAGAGAGAGAUGGGGGAGGGAGAGAAGUGACUGAGACAUCACUCACUUUUAAUUAUCCAUAUUCAGUUCUGAUAUGAUCGCAAAUCAUGCCAUUGGAAGCUCCAGCAAGCUGCUGAGGUGGGACAAGAAACCCCUUAAGCUAGAGGGCUACUGGAAGUGUGUGAUUUGUCCGUAGGCGCUGGGGCUCUGAGCCACAGCCGUUGUCGAAUUACAGCAGUCUAUGUUUAUCGUUCUGUCAAAAGCCUGUGCCAAAUCCACCGUUCCUUUUAAAGUCUCAUAAACAGGCAAACUGAGGACCAAAAUCAUCCCCGUGCUGUGUUCAUAUCUACAUGGAAACCCUGGUUCAACUGGGCCCCCAGACUUGCACCCACCCCGAGACUUUGCCACAUCCCCGCAUGUCAAAUACCAGCUCUGGCUGGCAGUAUUAUUUAAACGGGCAACCGUCCUAGUCUAGCCAUACGUACUGAGGAUUAAAGUCUCCUAGGGUACAAGCCGCAGUUUUACAAAGAAGGCUGCUGUAGUCACACACACGUUAGGAUAACUGAAGUCUCUUAUCGAGAUAGAAGAUAAGUGCAGCUUUAUUGCAUCUGGAUUGGACGUGGCCAGCACCUCUCGUCUAAAGACUUCAUUAAAGCCACAACUAGGGCGUCACUGUCCCCUAUUGCGCCCUGCAGCCCACUGGAAGGGUUGCUAUGGCUGAGCCACAAUGCUUUACUCGAAGUGCUUGGUUACAAAGGGCCUUAGGCCACUAACCGCCACUUUAGGAGCGAAGUCCACUAUCAGCUACCCCCGGCCCGCACAAAACACCCGCUCAGCUGCUGCCUAACCCAGUCGGUGCCUCAACCCACUCGGUGCCUCAAUUUUCACUGUAAAAGACCCUACACGCCUAAGAUUCUGCCUCUGGGCCAUGUGUGCUGUUGCCUUAGUCUGGGGGGCUGGAUGCCUGUGCCCCAGGGGAAGCGAGGCCUUAUCUCACCGGCCAAGCCCAUGCCAGUAGGUGCUCAGAGGGCGCCCAGGAGAGUGGCUCCCUGGCCAGAGGCGAUAGUGGUGCUGGCCCCCAUUUUAUAGUUCAGGGCUUAGCACCCUCACCUAAGAUGGGAGCCCCAGCUUCAGGUUGAGGGGGAGAAAGGCUUGGAGCAGGGGAGUGCUCUGACACUGAGCUAUGGGAUGGCGCGAGGGGCUUUGGCUCGCUCUUCCAUGUUGGAUAACUAGAGACAUUGGCAGAGGGGAACUGGCUCUUGGCUCUCCCACCACUCAGAGUUGGGGGGGGGACCCGAGGCAGCCAUCUCAAGCACUCGUGCUCAGGGGGCUAAUGGUUAUUUAAGCCCAAGUGGACCAGGCUUUAACAAGCUAGACUGUGGGAAACCCACCUGAGUGUGUCCCAUAGCUGAGGGGUAGAACACGUCCUAGAGAGGUGGAAAACCCAUGUUCAACUCCUUUCUCCCUACCACGCAGAGGGGGGAAUUAACCCUGGGGAAUGUGGGUCUCCCACAGCCUGGGUGAGGGCACUAAUCACUGGGCUGCAGGCAGGCGGGCGGGGCAGCAGCAGCUUCGCUACCUGUAGGAGAGGUUCACACCUGUGACUUCCACGCAGCGCUAGACACCUCAUUGCCACCCAGAUUUAGGCACUGACCUCCUUGAGAGGGGUGGGGGUCUAUAGUACCCUUCUCAUUGCCCUCUACCAUUGACUAACCUCAGCGGCUUCCCUGCUCCGUGCGCUGGCUUUUAUGGAAUCCACUCCUAGGUGCCUCUCUCUUCCCAGUCAUUGUAAUAGGGAGCCAAGGCUUCAAAUCAGCCCUUGUGAUGCUCAGUGAUUUUUCCAGGUGCUUAAAAGUUACCCUCCCACUGUUCAACAGACAAUGCCCAAGUCUCUUUGCAACUCUGGUCCAAAAUUUAGUCAAUAGGCCUCAUUUCGUACCAGAGUCCACGUCUACAACCACUAACACAUAUAGGUAGGUUAUGCCAGUGACCUCAUGUCGUUACAGGACUAGGCCCUAAGAGAAAAUUGGGGGCUCCAGGAGGGAGUUUGGGUGCAAGGCUGGGGUCUGGGCUC